AUGACAAGCAACAAAAGAAUCCAGCUCCUGCUUGAUAAGGACGAGAUCCGCGACCUCAUCUAUUCUUAUUGUCAGAUGGUGGAUCGGUGCGAUUUUGAUCGCGUCAAAGAACUGUACCACGAGGAUGCUAAAGACGACCACGGAAUAAACGAGAGUGGAAAUGUUGCGGAUUUCAUCGAAGAGUUGAAGCCAAUCUACGCACAGUCCACCGGCAUUCAUCACUCGGUCUCGAACUGCUACAUCAAAGUCCUCGGUGACUACGCAGAGGCGGAGUCAUAUAUCUCGGCCCAUCAGAAUAUGCCUGAUAUUGAUGACCACAACGCGGUAAUAAUUGCUGGUGGUAGAUACAUGGACAAGUUUGAACGACGGAACAAUGUCUGGAAAUUUCUGCACCGACGCUUAGUUGUUGAUUGGGCUCGACGAGAGCAGCCCCGGGAUGCUUGGGAUAAUCCAUCCGUCAAAGUGGUAGCAUCUGGUGCUACCGAUGCCUCUGAUCCAAGCUAUCACUAUUUUACGCUCUUCAAACGGGGCAUGCGAUAG